CCCGCAACGAAAGAAGAGAAACGAUGGCCGUCUCUCUCGGCUCCAUCCUUUUGCUCCCGCUCCUCUUCCUCUCCACCCUCCCGCCGCCCGCCUCCGCCUGCGACCGCUGCGUGCACCGCACCAGAGCCGCCUACUACACCUCCUCGCUCACCCUCGCCGCCGGUUCCUGCGGGUACGGCGCGGCGGCCGCGUCCCUCAACGGCGACCUGCUCGCCGCUGCGGGCCCGUCACUGUACAGACAAGGCGUCGGCUGCGGCGCGUGCUUCCAGGUGCGGUGCAAGGACGAGGAGCUCUGCAGCACCGCCGGCGUGAAGGUCGUCGUCACGGACCGCGCCAGCACGAAGACGAACGACACCGAGCUCGUGCUCAGCAGCCCGGCGUUCGCCGCCAUGGCCCGCCCCGGCAUGGCCGCGCGGCUAGCCAAGCUCGGCGCCGUCGAGGUCGAGUACAAGAGGGUGCCGUGCGAGUACGAGGGCAAGAACCUCUCGGUGCGGGUGGAGGAGCGGAGCCGGGCGCCCAGCGAGCUGGCCAUCACGAUCCUCUACCAGGGCGGCCAGACGGACAUCGUCGAGGUCGACGUCGCGCAGGUCGGAUCGUCGUCGAGCUGGAGUUCGCUGACACGCGACCACGGGCCGGCGUGGAGCACGAGCCUGGCGCCGCCGGGGCCGCUGCAGCUCAGGGCGGUGGUGACCAGCGGGUUCGACGGGAGCUGGGUCUUUGCCGAACAUGAAGUCCUGCCGCGCCAGUGGCACGCCGGCGAGGUCUACGACACCGGCGUCCAGAUCACCAGCAUCGCGCAAGAAGCCUGCUUCCCCUGCGACACGCAGGAGUGGAAGUGACGGGUGACGGUGGAGAAACAUGCAUGAGCUGCACUGCUGCAGCCUGCAGCUAAGGUGUGAGAUGCUACGUAGUACUGUAUGUAGUAUCAACAUGUAGUGAUAACGAAGGCGAGGCCGUGGCCUGAAUCGCCGGACCUGCAAAAUACUACUCGAUGAAUAACGUCGCAUGCAUGUCGGGGCCCCGUUGGUUUCGGCAAUGAUGUUCUUUGCUCGAUGACAUAGCAAUUUUCAUUCAUGGGCGCCGAGCUCGAUCA